AACGACGCAUGUAACCACUCUGGCCGCAUCGCGUAUACUCUUUCCAUAGGCCGGCAAGAGCUACUUUAUGCCCUCAUACCGAAACAAAAACUGUACUUAGCCGUCCACAGAUCGAUCCCCGCCUCCCCGGACGGUAAGGGAAUGGACUCCGGCGCGCUCCUCCUGCCUCAGGGCGAGCAGUCCACCAGCAGCAAAUCCGGCGGCCGCGGCGGAUGGCCGGCCGCGCUCUUCCUCCUCGCGGUGGAGUUCGUGGAGCGCGUCGGGUUCUACGGCGUGCAGGGCAACCUGAUCAUGUACCUCACCGGCCCGCUGGGCCUGUCCACCGCGGCGGCCGCGGCCGGCGUGAACGCUUGGGCCGGGACGGCCUCCAUGCUGCCGCUCCUCGGCGCGCUCGCCGCCGACUCCUGGAUCGGCCGGUACCGGGCCAUCGUCGCCGCCGGCGUCCUCUACCUAGUGAGCUUCGGGAUGCUGACGGUCUCAUCCAUGGUACCACCACAUCACCCUCCCGGACCAGCGGCAUGCCAAGACUCAUCGGCCGCCUGCAGUGCGCCGCCGUCCCCCGUCCGCGCAGCGUUCUUCUACGGCACAAUCUACAUGGUGGCGCUGGCGCAGGGCUUCCACAAGCCAAGCGCGCAGGCCCUCGGAGCCGACCAGUUCCCCACGAGCGCUCCGGGCGGCGUCGCGUCCCGGAGCUCCUACUUCAACUGGCUCCACUUCUCCAUGUCCACGGGCUACAUCGUCGCCGUCGUCGCCCUGAGCUACGUGCAGGACAACGUCGGCUGGGCCGCCGGGUUCGGUGCGUCCUGGGCCAUGAUGCUCGUGUCCCUGUCCCUCUUCUUGCUCGGCACGAGGAAGUACCGUAUGGAACAGCAGCCACACGACCGGCUCACCAAGGCGUUCGCCGCGACGGCACGGGCAUGGACUGCCAGCAUCUUUCGUCGCAGGGACGCCAUGGAUACUGAAAGUUUAUUAACCCCAGAUAAACAGCAGGAAGGCAAGGGAGUUCUGGUUAAGCUGCUUCCGAUAUGGCUGACGAGCGUUGUGUACGCAGUGGUCAUUGCGCAAGUGUCCACUCUGUUCACGAAACAGGGCAGCAACAUGGACCGGCGCAUCGGCACGGCCACGGGCCUCGUGGUGCCGCCCGCGGCGCUGCAGAGCUUCUUGGGCCUCGCCAUCAUCGCCUCCGUCCCGGUCUACGACCGCGCAUUCGUGCCCCUCGCGAGGCGCCUCACCAAGCAGCCCUCCGGGAUCACGACGCUCCAGCGCAUCGGCGCCGGCAUGGCCAUAGCAUCCGUCGCCAUGGCCGUCGCGGCACUCGUGGAAGCCGCACGGCUCCGCACAGCCAGGAACGCCGGCCUAAUCGAUAGCCCGCAGGCGGCGGUGCCGAUGAGCCUUUGGUGGAUGGUGCCGCAGUACGUCCUGAUCGGCUUCGCCAACGUGUUCACCAUCGUCGGCCUCGAGGAGUUCUUCUACGACCAGGUGCCCGACGCGCUCCGGGCCGUCGGGCUCGCGCUCUGCUUGAGCAUCAUGGGCGUCGGGAGCUACGCCAGCGGCAUGCUUGUGUCGGCAAUCGAUUGGGUGACGAGGAGUACGGGGGAGAGCUGGUUUUCAGACAACCUGAAUCGUGCGCACCUCGACUACUUCUACUGGGUUCUGGCUGUCGUUGCUGCCCUGGAGUUGCUCGUGUUCUUGUAUUUUGCAAAGGGAUACGUGUACACUGACAAAUGCGACUUAGGAGACUCUAUGACAGGAGUGCCUGAUAGAAACGGUAAUCAAAACAUCCCUGUCGUCGGGUUCAUCGAGCGCCUCGGGUUCUACGGCGUGGAGAGCAACCUGAUCACGUACCUGACCGGCCCGCUGGGCAUGUCCACGGCGGCCGCGGCCGCCGGAGUCAACGCGUGGUCCGGGACCGUGCUGGUGCUGCCGCUCGUCGGCGCGCUCGCCGCGGACUACUCGCGCCUCGGCCGGUACCGGGCGGUCUUGGCCGCCGGCGUGCUCUAUCUGCUGAGCUUGGGCAUGCUGACGGUCUCAUCCAUGCUGCAAACGCCACGGCCUCAAUCCGCGAGCUGCCAAGGCACAGCCACCGUCUGCUCGCCACCGUCGACGACGCCUCCUGCUAAGCUCGUCCUCUUCUACGCCGCGCUCUACCUGCUGGCGCUGGCGCAGGGCUUCCACAAGCCGUGCUCGGAGGCCCUGGGCGCGGACCAGUUUGCCGGGCCGGACGGCGGCGACACCACCGGCGCGCGCGCGUCCAGGAGCUCCUACUUCAACUGGUUCCACUUCUCCAUUUCCUGGGGCUACGCCAUCGCCGCGAUCGCGGUGAGCUACGUCCAGGAGAACGUCGGCUGGACCGUCGGGUUCGCCGCGUGCUGGGCCACCAUGGUGGUCUACCUUGCCGUCUUCUUGCUCGGCACGGGGACCUACCGCGUAGAGCAGCCUGUCGAAGGGGCCUUCGCGAAGCUCGCCGGAACGGUCGUCGCUAACGUGCGUGCACGGGCGGCAUCCGCGAGCGCCUUUCUCCGGAAUGAUUCCAGCGCCGGUUACACAGAACGGUUUCUAACGACAGAAGAACCCAGGGAGGAAGGUAAAGGAGGCAAAGGAUUCCUCGUCAAGCUGCUGCCCAUCUGGCUGUCGAGCCUAGUCAUCGCAGCCACCACGUCGCAGGUGACCACCCUGUUCACCAAGCAGGGGAGCACGAUGGACCGGCGCCUGGGCGGCAUCGUGGUGCCUCCCGCGGCGCUGCAGAGCUCCAUCAGCAUCGUCUACAUCGGCCUGCUCCCGGUCUACGACCGCGCCCUGGUGCCCCUGGCGCGGCGCCUCACGGGGCACCCCGCGGGCAUCACGAUGCUCCAGCGGAUCGGCGCCGGCAUGGCGAUCUCCUGCGCCGCCAUGGCCGUGGCCGCGCUCGUGGAAGCCAGGCGGCUGGGGGUGGCCGAGGAAGCCGGGCUGCUGGACCGGCCGGACGUGGCGGUGCCGAUGGGCCUGUGGUGGCUGGUGCCGCAGUACGCCAUGAUCGGCCUCGCGGAGGUGUUCUGCUUCAUCGGGCUGGAGGAGUUGUUCUACGACCAGGUGCCCGACGCGCUCCGGAGCGUCGGGCUGGCGCUGUGCCUGAGCAUCUUUGGCGUUGGGAGCUACGCGAGCGGCAUGCUCGUGUCGGCGAUCGAUUGGGCGACGGGGAGGAACGGAGGGGAGAGUUGGUUCUCCGAUAACCUCAACCGCGCUCAUCUUGAUUACUUCUACUUGCUCCUGGCCGUUCUCGGCGCACUAGAGGUGGCCAUGUUCUUGUAUUUUGCAAAGCGGUAUGUGUACACGAACAAAAGUUGAUGAAUGAUCCUUACUUCCUUAUUUUCACAUCGGUAUAUUAUUUUUUUCUGA